CUGCUGUGAGCCCGUGCACCUCCCCACGGGUGCCCCAGACCGUCCCCAUGGACCUGAGGAUCGGGCAGCGCCUCGUCAAGCCCGGCUCGGACACGGCCCUGCUGGCCCUGAAGCACACCCAGCAGCUGCAGCACCAGCUCUUCCUCGCCAGCCUGCACCAGCAGCAAGUGGAGCAGCUCGCCCACCAGCACGUCAGGGUGACCAUGGAGUCCCCUCACCGUGAGGCUGAGCCCGGGCAGCAGGAGCAGGAGCUGCGCCAGAUCCUCAACAAGGACAAGAGCAAGAGAAGUGCUGUGGCCAGCACGGUGGUGAAGCAGAAGCUGGCUGAGGUCAUCCUGAAGAAGCAGCAGGCAGCUUUGGAGAGGACCAGCAACCCCAACCCUCCAGCCAUGCCCUACAGGUCUCUGGAGCCUCUGGAUCCUGAGGGCCCAUCCCCUCCUGUGCUCAGCACCUUCCUGCCCCCCGUCCCCAGCACUCCUCUUGACCCCCCGGAGCAUUUCCCUCUGCGGAAGACGGCCUCUGAGCCCAACCUGAAGGUGAGGUGCAAGCCCAGGAAGUGCCUGGACCGACGCAAGAACCCCCUGAUGAGGAAGGAGAGUGCUCCCCCCUCGCUGAAGCGACGCCCACCCGAGGCUAUUG